CUCGUAUCCACGAGUACUGCUUAUUGGUGGCUGCGAUCUCGGACGGUUUUAGCCGGCGGUCAAAGGCGAGCAUUCAACCAAUCUUACAGAGUACCAAAUCAUUCGAUGCACGAAAUUCUCCGGCGUUUUCACCACUCGCACCAGAGCUUCAAGAAUGAAUCCUCGACAUUGAACUGCGGCGGAUUUCCUAUUUGAGUUUCAGCCCUCGACCAUAUGCCAUGCUGCUCAGGGACUACACCACCAAGUACGAGGUAGGUACAUUGUUCGACAACCCCGAAGAACGGUGGGUGCCACGGGCAAUUAUUGAUGACGACGCGAGAAUGAAUAUCUCCUGGGAGAACGUAGGGCCCUAAUUUUGAAAUGCCGGUUCCUUGCAUACCGAGGUGACACAGCAUGGUACAUAACGUUGAAGAAGAGCCAACUGCCAUCUAGAAAUCGCUAUCCAGAAGGCAAGUAACUGACGAUCACUAUGUAUUCUUUGACAGUGGCAAUUGCUUUGACCGCUUGCCUUGCGCAAGUACAGGCGGCUUCAUUGCCGAAGAGUCCUGCUCAGCCUCGAGACUUCGUUUACAACGACACAAAACCAUGUUACACUUUGUCAGAAUCUGACGUCGAGUCUCAGGGAGGCUGUGAACACUCACCGACUUCCAGACAAUGUUGGGGUGAUUACUCGAUCGACACGAAUUGGUACGAUGAUGUUCCCUAUACGGGUGUAACGCGAGAGUACUGGUUGGUCGCAGAGAAUACAACACUGGCCCCUGAUGGCUAUGAACAGCAGGUUCUUGUCUUCAAUGGGAGUAUUCCAGGGCCUACCAUCUCCGCAGACUGGGGUGACGAAGUCAUCGUACAUGUGACCAACAAGAUGCAAGACAAUGGGACCACUAUCCACUGGCACGGCCUGAGGCAGCAGGAGAACAACGAAUUCGAUGGCGUUCCGGGUGUAACUCAGUGUCCGAUUGCUCCCGGUCAGACCUAUACCUACAAAUGGAGAGCAACCCAGUAUGGAUCGUCAUGGUACCAUUCGCACUUUAGCUUCCAGUACUCGGCGGGUCUCUUUGGUCCCAUCGUGAUCAAUGGACCAGCCACCGCGAACUACGAUGAAGACCUGGGGGCACUGAUGCUCAUGGACUGGGCUCACAUCUCGACUUUCAACGAGUGGUGGUGGGACAGACCGACGACCGGCCCCCCCUCGCAGGCCAACUCUCUCAUCAACGGCACCAACGUCUUCGACUGCCACCAGGACAACACGACGCAAUGCCAGGGCAAAGGUACGGUCGGGGAACGGUUCGAGAUGACCUUUGAGUCUGGCAAGAAGUACCGCCUCCGCCUCGUCAACACGGGAUUGUACUCGCACUUCCGCUUCGCCAUUGACGGCCACAGCCUGACGGUCAUCGCCAUGGAUUUUGUGCCCCUCGAGCCCUACACGACCGACAGUCUCAUCAUCUCCAUGGGCCAGAGGUACGACAUCAUCGUCGAAGCCAAUGCACCCCCGGACAACUAUUGGCUCCGACCCAUCUGGCAACGAUCCUGCUGCGACAACGACGCGUGGAACAACACGCUGGGUAUCGUGCGCUACGCCGGCAUCGCCAACUCCACGGCGCUGCCCACGACGACCAACCCGGCCACCGACUACCCCUUCCACUGCGAGGACGAGCCCUACGACAAGCUCGUCCCUCACGUGGCCCUGGACGUGCCCGCCCCGGACUCCAUUUCGCUCUUGAACUUGAACUACACUUUUGUCCCCAUGCCGGCCGGGUUCUUGUUCACGCUCAACGGCUCCUACAUCUGGGUCAACUUCUCUGCCCCGACGGACCUGAUGAUCCACGACCACAACACCUCCUGGCCCAACACGGGCUACACCCCGCAAAAAGGCUUCACCAACUACGACGCCAUCCCCCUGAGCGUGUCGGACGAGUGGGUCUACUUUGGCAUCCAGGACAUCUCCCACCGCAACCGUUCCCACCCCAUGCACCUCCACGGGCACGACUACUUUGUCGUCGCCCAGGGCUUCGGCCCCUUGAACGACACAGUGGACCUGACCCUCACGAACCCGCCGAGGCGUGACGUCGCCACCGUGCCUCUGAACGGUUACAUGAUCAUGGCCUUCAAGACCGACAAUCCCGGCGCCUGGUUGAUGCACUGUCACAUCGCCGCCCACUCGAGCGAAGGCCUGGGCUUACAGUUUGUCGAACGCCAGGAUGAGAUUAUGGCCACCUUCACGGACACGUCCGCGUUGGUCGACACUUGUGAUGUUUGGCAAAACUAUUGGAGCCAUGACGAGGUGUACAUACAGGAAGAUGCUGGUAUCUAAGCAUCUCCUCUUCACUCCUCUCACUAUCUCUUCUUCGCCAUCUCUACAGCAAUCUCUCUCUCUACUUUGGAGCCUGAAGUGAAGCAUUGAAAGCAAGGGUGGACUCUCGAAAAGGGCCUUGGUACUAUUUUUAUAUUCUCUUGAGGGGUGUGAGAUGUGGUUCAAGUGGUCAGGCGUAAAUAUGCAGUUUUGUUAAAAGGAAAGAAAAAAGAGAAGGUCGUAGGUGGAAAAUGGCUGGUAUUUGAGCGGAAGGGUCAUUGUCAAUUGUGGGUUUUGGUUUGGUAGACAUACGAUAUGGGCUACCAAGCAGUUUUCGAGGCUUUCUUUGUCUCUCUCCCCCCCCUUUUCUCUAUAUGUCAAUGGAGAAGCACGCAGCAUAAUUAGAUUCACUUUCAC